UGUGUUACCGGGCACUCCCGUCUCCGGUGGCAAAGCCGCUCGGGAGCCUUGGCUGGGACAGGGUCUAGAAGGGGUAGGACGCUCGGUCCUGUGUUUGCAGUGAGCCGUUCAUUAAAACCAGGGUCUCUAAUAAAAAUCUCUGGAAGGUGUUUUAAGGUCAGAUUGUAUAGGGGAGAGACUGUCCCUGAGCUGCUAUUGGGAGGAGGAUGGAACUGGAAGAGGAAAUAAGUUGUAGCCACCAAGUUUUAAAGUCUUUAAAGAAUAAGCGAGGAGGAGAAAGAAGAGAAGGAAAAGAAAGAGCGAGUGAGUGAGCCAAAGCGAGACAGAAGAACACCCCGUACCGAGCGAGCGACUGGGUACAUCCGCCACUCACUCCUCCUCCCAAAGUGAAACAGCAACUUUACAACUGAUUUGCACCUGUUUGAACAGCUCCAGCUAGAGAGGCGACAGCAGCAGUGGCAGAAGCAGCAGCAGCAGCAACAGCAGCAGCAGCAACAACAGCAGCAAAGACACACCACCCCAGAACCAAGUGGUUUUUGCACGAGGAAAAAGUUUUCACCUGUAAUUCUGAUAGCCACUGCGUGUGUGCUUAAUUUUUGUUUUGAGUUUUUCCUUCUCUAAAAUUUCUCAUUAUUAACCAUAGGAUCUUUUAAAAAUUUUGGACAUCUCUCUCCAUUUUUGAUCAUCUCUGUCUUCCUGGUCCUCUAUGCUUCACGCCUUUUUCUCCUGGUGCAGGUGAACACUAAAAACCGCUUGAAUGUACAGCAUGAUGAUGGAAACGGACUUGCAUUCCCCGGGUGGGGCCCAGGCCCCCACGAACCUAACGGGCCAGACCGGGGCUGGCGGAGGAGGAGGGGGCGGUGGCGGCGGCGGCGGCGGCGGCGGAGGCAGCAACAAAGCCAACCAGGACCGGGUCAAGCGGCCCAUGAACGCUUUCAUGGUGUGGUCCCGGGGCCAGCGGCGCAAGAUGGCUCAGGAAAACCCCAAGAUGCACAACUCGGAGAUCAGCAAGCGGCUGGGGGCCGAGUGGAAAGUCAUGUCCGAGGCAGAGAAACGUCCUUUCAUCGAUGAGGCGAAGCGUCUGCGGGCUCUGCACAUGAAGGAGCACCCGGAUUAUAAAUAUCGGCCCCGGCGAAAAACCAAGACCCUCCUCAAGAAAGACAAGUAUUCGCUGGCCGGGGGCUUGCUGACGGCCGGUGCCGGAGGCGGAGGCCCGGCAGUUGGGGUAGGCAUGGGAGUGGGAGUGAGUCCUGCUGGUGUGGGUCAGCGUCUGGAAAGUCCCGGAGGCACAGCUAGCGGAGGCUACGCGCACAUGAACGGCUGGGCCAAUGGAGCCUACCCUGGUUCCGUGGCGGCGGCGGCUGCCGCGGCAGCAAUGAUGCAGGAAGCGCAGCUCGCCUACAGCCAGCACCCGGGCGCCGGGGGAGCUCACCAUCACCCCCACGCGCACCCCCACCACCCUCACCACCCGCACAACCCACAGCCUAUGCACCGCUACGAUAUGGGCGCACUGCAGUACAGCCCCAUCUCCAACUCGCAGGGUUACAUGAGCGCCUCGCCCUCAGGCUACGGGGGCCUUUCGUACGGCGCCGCGGCUGCCGCAGCGGCUGCCGCGGGCGGCCCACACCAGAACUCUGCAGUGGCAGCGGCGGCAGCUGCAGCGGCCGCGUCGUCAGGCGCCUUGGGCGCGCUGGGCUCUCUAGUCAAGUCUGAGCCGAGCGUCAGUCCUCCUGUCACCUCGCAUUCUCGGGCUCCGUGCCCCGGGGACCUGCGCGAGAUGAUAAGCAUGUACUUACCCGCCGGGGAAGGAGGGGACCCGGCGGCCGCUUCGGCGGCAGCGGCAGCCGCGGCUGCGGCACAGAGCCGACUGCAUUCGCUGCCCCAGCACUACCAGAGCGCCAGCACUGGAGUCAAUGGCACUGUCCCCUUGACACAUAUUUAGUCUCAGAGACCCCAAUCCAGCGAGCAAGUGGCCGCGCGCUAGAGUUAGAAAGCGAGCGAGAGACUGGCAAAGGAAAAAAAAAAAAAAAAAACUUACAUUGCAACAAACACACAGCAAAACAACAAACUUGUACCUCUGCGAUGGGACUGUCGCUCCCCAACCCCUUUUCCUAGCUCUUGUCACCUCCCUCCUCUAACCUCCUAAACCUCUUUUACCUUCCCCUCUCCCAUCACCGCCGCCUCCACCUGGACUUCCUUUUUGUACAGAAUGUUUUGAUGUUCUUGUAAAAAAAAAAAAUCCCGAUAAUAUUAAUAACGAGAAAAAGAAGGUAACAGUUGCUCUAUUUACCUUUUUAGAAGCUCCUGAGAACUAGUUGUUGAGACUAGUUUUGCGUUUUAGACUGAACUUCGGUGUUUUAUUGAGACUUUUUGUACAGUAUUUAUCAUUCAUUGAGAAGGCAUAUAGCGUUUUAUUUGUUAAAGAGGAAAAAAAAAACAAAGAUAUAGGCGAUGCCAAUUUUUAUAUAAACGCUUAAGCAUUAACUCAUCCUUGUAUCGCUUCCGUUUGGCGCUUUAUUGCCUAAGAUAGAGUGAUGGGGAACAGUUCUCAUUUGUUUCAGUUGUAGUAAAGGAACUCCGAACCACAAGUUAAAGUUUUUUCCGUAACUGUUACCGCUUUUUUUUUUCCUGUUUAUUUAUAUAAAAAGACAUCUCCAUCCACCCACCCCCGUUUUGGUUUUUUUUUUUUUCGGACUGCUACGUUAUGUUUUGGGUUUUGUAAAACUUUCUGUAUUUGAGAUCUCCCUCGCCCCCCUUUUUUUGUAUGAUUUCUUGUAAAUGCAUUGUGAUUUUUGUUUUAAUUUAGGCGUUUCGGGAGGUAGGGGGAGAUUCAGAUUGUGUACAUAGUUUACUAAAAAGCCUUUCUGCUAAGAGAGGGAGAGAGAUAAAAACUUCAAAAGCCUCCCUUUCCCCUGGAUUUUGAGUUAAUAAAAUUUUAAGUGAAAACUGUUUUUCUCCGCUAAAUUUGAAAUGUACUGAUUUUAAUCAUAUGUAUAAACACCCUGAAAAACAAGUGAUAAAUCUGGAGGGGAAAAGAGAGAGAAAAAGUUAAUCAGGGUGAGCCGAAAAUAAGAGAAACCGCCCCCUUUCCUUGCAGGAGCCAGAGGGGAGAUUUCUAAUAGUCGAUAUCAAAUAUAAGGGGAGAAAGUAAAAAAUCAAUGAAUGAGGUAUAGGUUUUCAAAGGAGAUUAUUUUUUAAUAUCUAUUAAGUAUUGUUAAGGAAGGCAAAAUAUUAAAAAAAAAAUAUUUCCAUAGUCGGGCCCGUUCGUUUGCUUGUUUUAUCUGUGAAGGCAAUAUCCUGGUGUGAAUUUUACUUGCUGUGAAGCUUUGCCGCCUUAAACUGGUCUAGGGUCCAGACUGCACUUCUGUGUGGAGGGGGCGGGAGGGAGGGGGAGGGGAAAGACCCCAGUGGCGGGACUGGGCCAGAGAUGGGGGACAAAGACAACGGCGGUGCACAUGUGCCCCGUUCCCCCUGUAAUUAACACGAUUGCAAGCAGAACUGAUCUAUCUGGGUUUGGCUCACAGAAACACAAUCUGAACCAAAAAUAUGCUCAAACUGAGUCCCCCUGGUCCCUGUUUUCUGUCCCUUCCCCCACCCUUCUCCAUCCUUUGGGAAAGGGUGAAACGUUUUGUGGAACUUUCAAAAUAAAAAUCCUGCGUGAACUGAGAUGCAAGUUGCUAACAACCGGUGUGAAAGCUGUCGGGCUAAAUGCUGUGUUUGUUCCUAACAGGAUCCUAAGGUUGUUUAAUGCUUUAAAAAAAAAUGAAUUCUAUUUUUUCUAGGUGUUUAUCGGUACCUUGCCAUUUUUUUUCUGGAAUUAAAAGUUUUCUGUAAAA